GAGUAGGAAAAAUGAUUAAUCUUCUUAUUUAUGGUAUUUGAUUUCUAUAUACUUACUCUGCUUUUGUUCAAGAAUUUGUUCAUAGUAAUUUUAAUUUUGAGAAGCUCCCAUUAGAGAAUAUGCUGUUUUUGGAAAUGGGUUCUGGGUAAUUCACUUUCAUAACCAACCUUUUGCUAUGUUUGUGAUGUUUAUUCUUUCUGUCUCAGGUUUUAAAUUUCAAGAUUUAGGGAACUAUGCUGGCCUUAUGAAUUUUAUAUGUUUCUAAAUUUGCUAAAUUUUGUCCCCCCUAGUGUUAAUCUUUUCCUUUAGAUAUCUUUAUGAUAUUCUUGUAACACUUUUGUACUUAAAGAUCUUGGGUUUGGCGUUUUAGGAGUCUGUUUUUGGAGAGUUAUCUUCAAUAGAGAGUUUUGGUUUUCCUUUUAGAUGUUUUGAUCAUUUGGGUUUUAGGAGGUCUGUAUUUUCUGAGUAAGGUGGGAGCAUGGAGGAGGUUGAGAAAGCAAACAAGGCAGCCAUAGAGAGCUGCCAUAGAGUUCUUAGCCUCUUAUCUCUACCGAAAGAUCAAAUCCAGGGUAGCAAUUUGAUGGUGGAAACUGGCGACGCUGUGUUUCAGUUCAGAAGAGUUGUCUCUCUUUUGAGCAGUGACCUGAGUCAUGCAAGAGUUCGAAAGUUGAAGAAGUUCAGAACAACUUUGCCACAAAGCAUCUUCCUUGAUAGUCCUAAUUGUAGAACAAUUUUAUCCCCAAAACCCCUCCAGGUAUUCCCACCUAAUUUCUUUGAAAAACCAUUCCUUGAGCUGGAUUCUAGAGCAAACUUGCAGCAAAGGAUGUUUCUAGAGAACCCAUCAUUCAAAGUCAGUCAAUCCUUUAAGCCCCCUCUCCAAAACUCCCAAAUGAAACCAUCACAAGAAUACCAGUUCCUUCAUCAUCAGCAACAGCUGCAGAGGCUGCAAUUCCAGCAGCAACAGAUGAAAUAUCAUGCUGAUAUUGUGUACUCUAGGAGUAAUAGUGGCAUUAACCUUAAAUUUGAUGGGUCUAGCUGCACACCAACUGCGUCAUCUACUAGAUCAUUCAUGUCAUCACUGAGCUUGGAUGGUAGUGUGACUGAUAUUGAAGGGAAUUCCUUCCAGUUAAUUGGCAUGACACAUCCAUUUGAUCAAAUCUCACAACAGCCUAGAAGGAGAUGCUCAAGUAGGGGAGAAGAUGGAAGUCUGAAAUGCGGUAGUAGUGGGAAAUGCCACUGCUCAAAGAGGAGGAAACUGAGGAUAAAGAGGUCUAUUAAGGUGCCUGCUAUUAGUAACAAAGUAGCUGAUAUUCCUCCGGAUGAAUAUUCAUGGAGGAAAUAUGGGCAAAAGCCGAUUAAGGGUUCUCCUCAUCCUAGGGGAUACUAUAAAUGUAGCACUGUCAGAGGCUGCCCGGCAAGGAAGCAUGUUGAGAGAUGCUUAGAAGACCCUUCAAUGCUGAUUGUCACUUAUGAAGGAGAGCAUAACCAUUCCAGGUUACUGUCGUCACAUUCCGCCCACACAUGAAAAUGUAUCUGAGGUCCAAGGUCAUUGCAGUUGUUCCAACCUGAAGAAACCAACAUCCGGUGGUUAAAAACUCAAGAAAAAAGGAACCUGUUUGGUUUUAGUUGUUAAUACCUACUGUAUAUAACUACAUUCUGUGUUUCAGCCUCAUACUAGACAUGGCUUAACAUGUGGUUGAGUAGAUAGGUUUUCAAGUUGUUUAACUUUGGAGCCUGUCUGGAACUUGAUUGAAAAGUUCUUAAAGUAGAAUCUAAACUGUAAUCUGUCAACUUUUAUGCCUAAUGUACGUACAAGUUAUGUAAUGUACGUAAUGCUUUUUCUU